AUGACGAUUUUGUCCGCCUCCCGACGAGUCCUCCGGUACCGCAUCGCCCGAGCUCUGAUCAUAAUCUUCGCAAUAUGGAACCUGGUCGAAAUCCAUCUGAUUCAACACCGAAUUUACGAAGCUGAUCACACUGUUCUCCGACACCGGCCGCAAAAGCGAGAGCGAAUAUAUAUCGCAAGCAUCAACUGGAACAAUGAGCGCAUCCUACGCAGUCACUGGAGCAAGGCACUCACACAGCUGGUCUUGAAGCUUGGUCCAGAAAAUGUGUUUGUCAGCAUAUACGAAAGCGGGAGCUAUGAUAACACAAAAGGCGCGUUGAGAGAACUAGAUUGGGAACUCGAGCGGAUGCGGGUGCCGCGGAAUAUCACUUUGUCGCCUGUGACACAUGAAGAUGAACUUGCCGCACCCGCAAGAGGCACGGGCUGGAUUAGCACUCCUGGUGGGAAGGAACAACUCAGACGAGUGCCGUAUCUAUCGCGGAUACGGAAUCUGAGCUUGCUGCCUCUGCGGGAUCUUGCACGGCAGGGUAUCACGUUUGAUAAAGUCUUAUUUCUGAAUGACGUUGUGUUCACGCCACACGACGUCCUCGAACUUCUGCAUACCAAUGACGGCGAAUACGCUGCUGCUUGCGCCUUGGAUUUCUCCAAGCCUCCGAAUUACUAUGACACAUUUGCACUCCGGGAUAGCAAAGGCCAUGAACCUAUCAUGCAAACGUGGCCAUACUUCAGCUCUGCGGCAUCGCGACAUGCAAUGAAAAAUAUGUCUCCUGUUCCUGUGACAAGUUGCUGGAAUGGCAUGGGUAUGCUGGCCUCCAUUCUCGAAAGCGUUGCAUCAACUAAUAUAUCUUUAGUGGCGAUGUCCGCAAGUCCAUUCAUUGCCAGCCCUCCACUUCGCUUCCGAGGUAUCCCCGAUUCACUAGCGAAGUACCAUCUUGAAGGCUCCGAGUGCUGUCUCAUACACACAGACAAUCCACUAUCAGUGGAAAAGGGUGUUUAUCUGAACCCUUUGGUGAGAGUGGGCUAUAGUGGCGCUGCAUAUAAAGCUAUUCAACCGAUGAUGAACUGGCUCUCUGUGAAACGGAUUAUUCAAGGGUUGUGGGUCAAUCGAUUGCGCCGCUUGGGUGUGACUUCAUGGCUGAAAGAAGAAGUAGUUCGAAGGCGGCUAAACAGAUGGAGAGCCUUGAGCACUGGAAAUGAAGAGCAUGGAGAACUUUGCAUUAUCAAUGAGAUGCAAAUCCUCCAUCGGUAUGGAUGGGCUCAUGUGUAA